GUCAGAAACACAACGGCGAGCAUGGCGCGGCAUAUGUUUACCACACAUGGAUCCGAUAAGCAGUUUCUGUACCCGAAAUGCAUGCAGGAGUCCACCACACAGACGGACCUGAACAGGAAUUGGCGAGGAGAAGAUGGCACAACACGCUACACGUGCGACAUGUGUGGAAUUUCAAUGAAGGUGGAAAUAGAUCACCCUAGGGAUCAAAUCGCUCGAAUCAGGCACCUCGAGUGGCCAAAAAUGCUGUCCAAAUACCAAGUAACUGUGACAUUGGCGAGAAAUCAAACCAGUGCGCUGAAUGUGGGAACUGUUAUCGGCACAGAAGUACCUUGUGGUGCAAGCACAAGGCAUUAAACACAACAAAUAAAACAUCACAUUUUAGAUUAUAAGUAUAGUUCAUGGCCG